AACUGAUGGCUUCAAAUGUUUGCUGUUAUCUUAAUAUAUAUCUGUCACUAACUCAAGCACUGUUUCUGUUCUCUUUGUACACUACAGGACUUUCCUCUUUACCUUCAGUGGAGGAAGCUCAGACCUUACACAGCACUGUGUUCCCAGCCUAACCUGCCUAUCCCUUACCUAAUAUUCUUAUUAUUCAUCUUUAUCAUAAUCAUUGUAAUCCUUUUGCUUCUACAUCGCAGGUUCAACAGUGUGACCACUCUCUUGAUUCAUAUACUUACAGCAAAGCCUUCAUCUCUCUCAUGGAUUAUAGAUCUAAAUUGAUGGCUUCAGUAACAGAUGCCAGAUUCAGGCAGAAAGAUACUUCAGACCAGAAUUUUGAUUACAUGUUCAAGCUCCUGAUCAUUGGCAACAGCAGUGUAGGUAAAACGUCCUUCCUGUUCAGAUACGCCGACGACACCUUCACCCCAGCCUUCGUCAGCACAGUGGGAAUCGACUUCAAGGUGAAAACAGUUUACAGGAAUGACAAGAGGGUCAAGCUGCAGAUUUGGGAUACAGCUGGACAAGAAAGAUACAGAACCAUCACUACAGCCUACUACCGAGGAGCCAUGGGCUUUGUCCUCAUGUAUGACAUCACCAGUGAAGACUCCUUCAAUGCUGUGCAGGACUGGGCCACACAAAUCAAGACUUACUCCUGGGACAAUGCACAAGUGAUCCUGGUUGGAAACAAAUGUGACAUGGAGGAUGACAGGAUUGUUCCUGUGGAGAAGGGGAAACAUCUGGCAGAUCAGCUGGGUUUUGACUAUUUUGAAGCCAGUGCCAAAGAAAACAUCAACGUGAGGCAGGUGUUUGAGCGUCUCGUGGAUAUCAUCUGUGAAAAGAUGUCAGAGAGCAUAGAGUCAGACAAUUCCAGGGGCACUUCUGGAAGGAGCAUGAGGCUCACAGACAACCCCCCCCCUUCACAGCAGAACUGCUCAUGCUAGUGACAUUUCACUCUGAGAAAUAUCCUUCUCCCCUGAUUAAAUUUUAUCUUUUCAUUUGUGCUGGUGCAUUAUCAUGUAGUCCAGAGGCAGAAGUGUCUGUUGUAGGAAACUGGUAUGUUUGUUUAAUGUGCUGGAGUGUUAAUAUUAUAUAUUUCCUCAUCCAAUACUUUAUUAAUCUGAAAAAAUAUUGUCAGCGCACCUUGUGUGAAUGUGAGUUACACUGAAGAAUAAUAAUUGUGUAGUGAUGCAAAUGUUAUUUCUACAGAGAAUGUUGCAUUUUUAAAUUACAAAUUCUUCUAUUGCAGAAAGAGUGUUUUUGUCAAGAACAGCAGGAAGCACAAAAAACAAUUAGAAGGGAUCAGGCCUGAGAGAAGAAAGGGGAAAACUCUUAUAAAGCAAGAAUAUGCUUUUUUAAAAACAUAAAAGAAACAAUUCAAUACCCAAAUAUUUUGAGAAUCAUUGCUGUCCUCCAGACAUGGACCUCAGUUUUUCUGUAGGAUGGAGCAGAAAGCAGAGCAUUUCUGUCUGACAAUGUGAGGUCCUCCAGAGUGUGAAGAGGAAGGGGGUUGGAUUUUGUGUCAAGUCUCUAAACAGAUGAAGAACACAGGGAGGAAUGAAAGCUGCCAGGCUGGGGAGGAGGAGGAGGAAGAGCCCUUGCAGCCAUCCCUGUGUUUCCUUCCCUGUGCUUUGGCUGGUGCUGAGUGAAAGAGUAAGAGCCCUUCCAGGGGCUGCCAUUGCCUCCAAAUUUCUCCAGCACAGCCUGCAGAGUGCUGGGGGUGUUGUGUUGUGUUUUUAAUCCUCUCUUCCCAGAAUCUGACUGUCCUGCAGCCUUUCCCCUGCAUCCUGUAGUUUUACCUCUCCAGGUCUGGAUCUUCUCUUAUCAGCUGCUUGCUGGUGGAUGUGUUGCAGGAAGGAGGAAAAGGAGAGUUGGCUGCUGAAUGCUUAGUUGGAGGCAAAAACAUAUAAGAAAUAGAAAAGCACUGUCUCAGAGAGAUAAAAAUAUCAGAAGCCAAAAUGUGAGUGUUGGCAGGUAUUUGUGCCAAUAUUAUUAGAUUUUCUUUCUGCAUUUUAUUGUUGAUUUAUUUUUUUAAUCUUGUUCUAGAUGGGUGUGUGGGGAGGCUAGAUUUUCUAGGUUCAGAUUCAACCACAAAGUAUAAUUUAAGAAGAGUAAGAGUGGGUAAUAAAACACAACUGCAAAUGAAACGUGGCAAAGACAUCCUGGUAUUCUGGGAACUUUUUGUGGCAUCAUAUCUUUGAAGUGAGGCAGAGUCUUUAAGUGGAUACGGAGAGAAGUUGGUGAUCUUAAGGGGAAAAUUCUGGAAAGUUUUAUGGCUUUAGCUUUGAUCUGUGAUCUCCUCUGGCUGAGGGGACUUCCUGAUGUCAGGAAUGGGAGUUGAGUGCCUGCCCACUGCCCUGUAACGUGCUCAUGACACCAGUGAGUGCUUUUGUAAUUUCCUUCUGUUGUGUCUCAAAGUGUAAUAGCUCUAAGAAGAAAAGCACAAAAUUCUGGACAAAAAUGCAGCUCAUUUGGGGUGGUUUGAGCUCAUUGUGCUAAAGGCUUGAUCCCUCUGUUUGUUGCUUUUGGGAAUCUCUACUGUGCCAUGUUCUGGGUGUGUGUGAUCUUGUCCUGAGAGUGUGAUUUGUGCAGUGCUGGGACUGUGGUUGUUGUAUCUAAACCCCUGAAACAAAUAAAGAGAAAUGUACUCACUGGGUGUGGCCAGAGA